ACUUCUACUUGUAUUGUAGGUCCAGUCAAUUUCUGCACACUACUACUAGGCUACUAGCGGCAACAUUGCAUCGUAUAAAAAAAGACAUUGGCAUCGUAUUGGUAUGGUGGAAAAGGGUGACAAAACAAGAGGAAGAAACGAAAAGAAUAGAAAUAGAAACAAAAACAAAAGAAAACGCCAAAGAGUGUAAGGUGGGAGUAGUAGCAGUCUUUGCUGGAACAGGAGAGAGAAACAGUAAUCGCCAAAGGGGUAGCUCACCAUUAUACUUGCAAAUCGAAGGUUUUUGGAACAAUUGCAUUGCCAAUUCUCUCAAUUUCGUGAUUUAGUUGUGAAUUGCCGGUAUCAAAUUUGUGUGCCGGGUUUCUAGCAUGAUGUUGAAGUUUCUGACAAGGCUGUUCUGCUGUAAUUCAGCAAUAUGAAUCAUCGUUGACAUGAAAUAUUGCUGCAUAUUGAAAGGCAGGUUCUUGACUAAACAUUCUGCAUUAGUUAGUCGAAGGACACUGUUGGGAGUGGAGUGUUAACUGCACCCAAAUUUAAAAGGUUCAUUGUUGUUUUGCUUUCUGCAAUGUCGAAGGACUCCUACGAACGGAAAACAAGGAGCUCAGCUGGCAUCUCCCCUGACCAAACAUCUAUUGGGUCUGGGACAAAGAGGUCCAGUGUUUCAUCCGGUGGUAGGACUCGAGAUAAGAAGGAAUUUCUCCGGAGAUUUGUAGACUGUAAAACUUUUACGUGUAACUUGGAGGAGUGGUUUAAAGAUAUAUCAGAAAAUUCAGGACAAGAGACAUUUGAUGUGCCUUUCGAGUUGGUAGAGCUUCAGAAAUUUGACUAUGCAUUAGAAGGGGUUUCUUUCCAACAACUAAUUCGUAUGCCCAGUGCUGUUUAUGCUUCUUCGUCAGAUGGUGUCGAAACUACCGCAGUCCUAGCAAUUGAAGAUUUCCUACAUGCAAGUGUGAAGGGGUUGUGGGAAGCAUUUUGGAGCGAGGGAGAGCCUUUACCAUUCUAUGUUGCAUGCCUUUAUAAUGAGAAUAUGAAAUUCUAUCAAGCUGAAAGCGCGAUUGCCAAUGGUAAAGUAGGAGGUCUCUCUGCUACUGCGAUAUUGCUGAAGAAUGCCAAACAUCCACAUGGGAAGUGGGAUGAAGUUCUUGAGCUGGCUCUUCUGACGCCUGAUAUUGGAACCCUUGCAGUAGAAGGUGCACGUCUUCCUUCUCUGUCCAUAUUAGGUGAAGCUUUAUAUUUUGCUGUCCGGAUGAUGUUGUCGAGAAGCCUUAGCAAGAGUAGUUUUCUUCAAAGCCCAAGCCCCGUGUUUGUGCUUCUUGUUGAUUCUCAAUAUGCUGGUGUGAUAAAAGUUGAAGGAGACGUGAGCAAAUUGAAGCUAAAUGUAAAUAAUGUAUAUGAGUCCGCCACAGAAUGGAUAAAGCAUCAUUCAAAUAUUUCCAUGUCUCCUAUUGAUAGGAUAUGGAAUAAGCUCGGGAAUGCUAAUUGGGGGGAUAUUGGUGCUCUUCAGGUGCUUUUUGCAACUUACCACUCCAUCCUACAGUUGGCUGGGAUGCCCAAGCAGUCUAUUGAAGAUCUGGCUGCUGACCACAGUUCUCGUCUCCAAGCAAGAAGGAUGGAGAGGCAAUUUGCUGACACCACUGUAAACGGACAUAGCUUACACCAGUAUCAGCAGGGCCAUGUCUCUCCAGAAAUUGUUGAGGUUCUAGAUGAAUCCAACAGAAGGGAGAAUGCUGAGCCGAUGAAGCUAGAAAUUGGGUCAGUUUUGUGGUUGGAGGAUUCGAACUCCCAGAAAGACUAUGAAAUUAGUGAAAUUCGAUGUGAUGGUGAACUUACGUACUAUAUAGCAUUUUCCAUUGACGACCCUGGAAGAUCUCUCUGCUUAUAUAUUGGUUCUCAUCCCUCCCAAGUGGAGCCUGCUUGGGAAGAUAUGAAUCUGUGGUACCAGGUUCAGAGGCAAACUAAGGUAUUGACUGUGAUGAAACAGAAAGGUCUAUCAAGCAAGUACUUGCCUCAACUAAUUGCAUCUGGAAAGAUAAGUCACACUAGUCGAUCUCGGAGAUCAAGCUCGAGUGAUGAUUGCAAUCACCCUUGGUGGGGAACUCCUGUCCUUGUGACUACCCCAGUUGGUGAAACGGUAACUGAUAUGGUCAGAAGAAGCUGUUUUGGUUCAGAUGAGGCUAUUAAGUGUUGCCAUGACUGCUUGUCCGCACUUUCUACUGCCUCUUCUUCUGGCGUUAGACAUGGUGACAUCCGACCAGAGAAUGUGAUGUGCAUUACUUCAGGUGUAAGGUACCCUUACUUUGUCUUGAUCGGAUGGGGUCAUGCUGUGCUGGAGGAGAGGGACCGGCCUGCAAUGAAUCUUCACUUUUCAUCCACUUAUGCCCUUGAAGAGGGUAAGUUGUGCUCAGCGUCCGAUGCUGAGAGUUUAGUUUACAUGCUUUACUUCUGUUCUGGUGGGGAGUUGCCCGAGUUGGAUUCAGUUGAAGGGGCGUUGCAAUGGAGAGAAAGGGCUUGGUCAAAACGGUUGAUACAGCAGAAGCUCGGGGACAUUUCAGCCAUCCUAAAAGCUUUUGCUGAUUAUGUUGACAGUUUAUGUGGGACUCCUUAUCCUAUUGACUAUGAUAUUUGGUUAAGACGGUUGAAAAGACACAUACGCGAGGAUGAUCACGGGAAGGAAAUCGACAUGUCAGGUUGAACACCAUUACUUGAGAAUCUCAUUCACGGUGAGCCAAUUGGUAAAACCUUAUUGAAUAUUUUUGGUCUCCAAGAUUGUAGGAGGGAUAUCUGGAACCUGUAAAGGCGAGUUAUGUAAUUAAAUCAGUUUGAUUGAUGCCAUGGGUGGUUCUAGGUGCAAUCCGAUGACAUGAAAAAAUAUCAGCCGACUUGUAUAUUAUCUAUGGCAACAUUGAGAGCACCUGGAUUGACUUGAGGGGGCUACUUUUGGUCUCGAGCUUAUUGGACGAUCUGACUUUUGUAGCUUACGACAAGCGGUAAUGGCCAUUUCUCAAUUUCUCGUCACAGUGGGGGUAUUGUUUUUAUUUUUUUUGGUAUCUAAUUCAGAUCAUUUGUAAUUCAUUUGUAAAGAAAAGGAUGUCAUUUUUGGUUAGUUAAGAAUUUGGGGUUUUGCUGCUUAUAUUGAGGUUUGUUUACCAAUAAAUAAAAAAUCCAAUGAAUGUUCUCCUGUCUGGCGGUGUUAAUUAUGACAGCGGCGGCAACGCCUAGUACUUCAUCCUUACCUUAUUGUUUGCUCUA